ACCAGAAAAAACCUUAAAUAAUUUCAUCAAUCCAUUACCAGAUCUAUAACCUCAACAAAACAGAAUGAAAAUAAGGCAAGAACACACGCUCAAUUCUCAUUCACAAUGACAUCAAUUCAUAUAGAUCCAUCCAAGCAACCCAAGAAAUACAAAGAAAAGAUCAAAAUCACUGGCGGAGUUUGGAGCGGAAGAUCAGAGUCCGAUCUGGGAUACCCUACCCACGGGAUAGCCCCCAGAUCCUUCUCCUCACUACCUCUUCAUGAUUCCUCUAUUCCUCACUACCUCUCCAUGAUUCCUCUGCGCUCGAGUAGAUCUUACUCGCACGACGCGCGCCGGGGAGGCAUCCUUUUGGACAUCAGAUCCGCCAUUCUUGUCAUCAUUUUUCAGUGCAUCGGUUCUCCGGGAUAAAUUUUUGGAGGUUCAGCGCGGCUGUAGGUCAAGAGAAGGUUUUGAGAGCCAACCCAUGAGAGUUGCUCGCACACCAUUCUCUUGACCAAUCACAUAACGAUCAAGAUGUAGAACUUCGGAUGAAUAGGUACAUUCAGGUAGUACCAAGAUGAAAAAUUGUUAUCUCUUGUAAAGCAAUUAAAAAUUAAUCAACCAA